AUGGACGUUAGCGCAUGGUCAAGUAUUUGUAUGUCUCCUGUUAAUCCUGCAAGAGCUCGUAAGAGAAUCAAACAGCCUUUAAAAUGGAAAAGAAACGUCGCUAAACGAUUGAAGUAUUCUGCCAAAAGUUUACCUACUUUUCCUGAAUGUGGACAUAAAUCCAAAGCAUUUAUGUGUGCUACGCUGAAAAUGAAGGACUUAUUCAAAUUCCACAAAAAAUUUCAUGAAAACUUGACUAAAACCAGUCAAGACAACUUUAUCCUUAAAUAUAUGUCGCUAGUACCCAUAAAACGCAGGAGACAUAAAAACGGCAAUGGAGGGGGAAAACGGGAAAUGCAGACAAAAUUCACUAUUCGAGGUUCUGACUAUCGUUGCGUACCUGUAUGUCAAAAGACAUUUUUAAACGUUUUACAUGUAACCAGAGCAAGGGUUUCAUAUAUCGCCAAACAAUUUGCAACUAAUGGGAAUAAUGCAUGUGAAAAAAGAGGUGGAGACAGGAAAGCUAAAUUAUUUUACGAUAAAAAACAAGCAGUUAUUAAAUUUAUUUGCUCACUGCAGUGUGUAGAAUCUCACUAUUGCAGAGGAAAAAGUGUCAGAAAGUAUUUAUCUUCCAACCUAAGCACCAAUAAAUUUUUUUCCAUCUAUAACUCACAGGCGGCGGAUGAAGUCAAACGGUCUAAAUCUGCACAUAAUCAAGUUCUCAUAAGUGGAGAAAAAUUUUACAGAAGUGAAUAUGGAAUUUUCAGAACCUUAACCAAAAAAGCUUUUAAUAUUAGAAAUAUAAACCCAGAUCGAAUACAUCCAGAUAAUCUAAGCAAUGUAAGUAGAGAAAAACUUAAAGAUGUUAAAAAAUUGCUUGCGACACAUUACGGACAAGGGUGGCGGGACGAUCCCUCACUUAAUUACUAUAAUGAAGUAUUAGCUCGUGGAGCUUAUCCAACAGUUCCAUGUGAAGAAGAGGAAUUCUGCGAACCUGGUCAAGAAGAGGAAGUACCAUUGCGGGUUUAA